GACUCAUUACUAUAUAUAUGGUGGAGUGAUUAGGGGUGGAGACCAUGAGCUCUCAGUGCCUCGUCGCAAGCGUUGUUGAGGAGGUCGCUCGAAAGACCUCAGGCUACCAUCCCAGUGUUUGGGGUGACUACUUCAUUACGCAUGUCUCACCCUCUUCCGAAGCUCAGGACAAUCAUGAAUGGAUGGAGGAAAGAUCAAGAGAACUAAGGGAGCAAAUAAAGAGCAUGCUGCAGGACUACAGUGAUUUACUGCAGACCAUGCAAUUGAUCGAUGCCAUCCAACUUCUUGGAGUGGCCUAUCAUUUUGAGAAGGAGAUAAGCGAUGCAUUAAGCAAAGUCUAUGAUGCAGAUUUUAACACACAUGGCCUCUACGAGGCCUCUCUUCGAUUUCGAUUACUUAGACAACAUGGAUAUAACAUAUCUCCAUAUGUUUUUAACAAGUUUAAAGAUGAGGAAGGAAGUUUCAUGUCUGACUUGAAGGGCGAUGUGGAGGGACUAUUAAGCUUAUACAACGCAGCCUACCUUGGAACACAUGGAGAGACAAUACUUGACGAAGUCAUUUCUUUUACAAGAAGCAUACUUACCUCCAUGUUAAGCGAUCUCGAACCACCUUUACUGUCGAAAGUGUCUCUUUCCCUUGAGACACCUCUAUUUCGAAGAACCAAAAGGCUCUUGACAAGAAACUACAUCUCCAUCUACCAAGAGGAUGCAACACGAAAUGAUGUGUUAUUAGAGCUUGCCAAGCUAGAUUUCAAUCUAGUCCAAUCGCUUCACCGUGAGGAGCUUAAAAGCCUCUCCAUGUUAGUUUUUUCUCUUUUCUAAUAUGGUUUAUUAUUCUAGUAAUUAAUGCAAAAUCAUUAACUCUCACUUGAUAGGACUUUGAAUAUGGAGCAACCAAAUAGUCGUUUGCAACUACAUUAGAUUUUUCAUGCGCC